AUGACGAGUCUCUCACUGUGCCUUGUGUUUCUGAGUCUCCAGCUCUGGUCCGUUGGAUUUACGCUGAAGCAGAAUGUUCCAGAAUUUGUUGAUGAUGAGUCUUAUUUGGGUGAUCUCUCAAGGAUUGGAGAGUCAGCUCCAGCAAUUAUCCAGUGUCAGUGCCGGGGUCUGAUCCAGAGGCAAUCCUGUGAGGAGGAGCUGUGUACCGUGAAGACCUUGGGGGAAAUGUACCAGCUGCGAUUCUCCACCAAGAAUAGAUUUGCUUCUGACUUUUCUCUGGUCCAUCAUGUCUUCAACUCCUCAUACAGCACUAUCAAACGAUUACCGGACAAUUGUGUUCAAAAUGGGGAGUUAAUGUGGCCCCCAGGGGUUCGGGCACUGACUACCUACUGCAGCCAUCACCUGCAUGCUCUGGUAUUUACAAAGGACAAGAAGAUAUCCAUUCAGGCGAAGAAUCUGAAACUGGCUGGAGAAAGGGAUGACAUUGCAUCAUUCGUUACAUUCCAUUAUCUACACUCAAAUACCACCAGAACUGCUGCUGAUGACAGUCGAUCCAGGCCCUCUCUGAUAACAAGACGCUCCGUGAGGGAGACAAAACAUCUGGAACUGUUGGUUGUGGUGAUGCAUGAUGUGUACAACUUUCACAAACAGGACACAGAGAGAUAUAUUCUCACCAACCUGAACAUUGCAGCUGAGCUCCUGCGAGACGCUUCCCUGGGUGCCCAACUCCGUGUCCACCUCACAAAGAUGGUCAUCCUGACUCAACCUAAGCUGGGACUGGAGAUUACUAGAAAUCUCACCUCAUCGCUUAUUGACCUGUGUAGAUGGAGCCGUAAAAUUAACCCAGAGAACGACUCCGAACCAAUCCACGCUGACCUGGUCCUCUACGUUACCAGGUUUGACCUGGAAUCUAGCAGUGGGAACAAAAUGGUUCGUGGUGUGACUCAGCUGGGUGGACUGUGCAGCCGGUCAUGGAGCUGUGUGAUAACUGAGGACACAGGGUUCAAUCUUGGCAUCACCAUGGCUCACGAGAUUGGUCACAGUUUCGGCAUCAGUCAUGAUGGGACUGGAAACAACUGCAUUAACAAAACACACAUCAUGGCCGCAGAGGGUGGCUAUAACAGCAUUGACCUGACCUGGUCCGAGUGCAGCCGGGAGCAGUUUGUAAAGUUCCUCAGCACCAGCCAAGCAACUUGUUUGAAUGAUCUACCAGCGUCAGAGUCUGAUCUUCCUGGUCAGAAACCAGGCUUGUUCUAUGGGAUAGAUGACCAGUGCAAGAUAGCCUUUGGAGCCAAGGCAUCUGCCUGCACUUUCAGCAGACAUGACAUUGAUGUGUGCAAUGUUCUGUCAUGUCACACAGAUGCAGCAGACCCUAGCACGUGCACCCGUUUGUAUAUUCCCCUCCUGGAUGGCACAGAGUGUGGCACCAACAAGUGGUGUUUGAAAAGGAGCUGCACAUCACUUAGUGACUUGGAAAUUGGGGUUGUUCAUGGAUCCUGGUCUAGUUGGAGUGCGUUCAGCAGCUGUUCACGAAGCUGUGGUGGAGGGAUUAUUCUCCGACACAGACGCUGUAACAAUCCAAGACCUGCUUUCGGUGGCCAUAAAUGCAAGGGAGUGGAUAUGGAGGCUAUCAUGUGCAACACCCAGCCCUGCCAGGGAACUCAGUUGGAUUUCAUGGCUACACAGUGUUCUGACACCAAUUCUCAGCCUCUCUACCACUCCUCCAGUGUUCCAGUUUACUACAGGUGGCAGCCUGCCCUUGGCUAUGCAAAAGGUUAUGAGCUGUGUAAGCAUAUGUGCCGAGCGGAGGGAAAAAGUUUCAUGGUGAGCCGGGGGAACAGUUUUGUGGAUGGAACCAGGUGUGAGAUGAGUGAUCCAGAGACAGCACCAUCGUACAAACUGUGUGUCACAGGACAUUGCAGGAUAUUUGGCUGUGAUGGAAAGUUGGACUCUGGCCAGGUGCUGGACAAUUGUCAGGUGUGUGGAGGCAAUAAUUCCAGCUGCCGGGAAGUAGUCGGCUCCUACACCAAGGGCAGCCCCAGAGCGUAUGUCACUUUUCUCACAGUCCCACCACGGUCCACCAAGGUCCGAGUCUCCAACACUCAAGCUGUGUUCUCCCAUCUCGGGGUUAAGAUUAAAGAUCAGUAUGUUGUGGCUGGGGGCCAGAAGAUCUCACUCAAUGUCUCAUACCCGAGCAUCCUGGAGGACAACAGGAUCGAGUACCGGCUGUACCUGACACAGCAGAAGCUACCGGACACUGAGGAGAUUGUGAUUGAUGGACCCACCAGUGACACCAUCGAAAUACAGGUAUUCCGGAAAUAUGGAGAGGAAUACGGGGAUAUCGUAAGUCCUAAAAUCACCUACAGUCUGUAUGUCCCGAAACAGGAGGAGUUGUACGUUUGGCGAGAGGUUACUGACGCCUGUUCAACCAGCUGUGGGCCAGGAACUGUGACAGUCCAUUAUGUCUGUGCUGAUCGCCACUCUGAGGAAAUUGUGGAACAACAGCAUUGCUUGCGGUCAGAGAAGCCCACUGAUAGGCUGGAAUCUUGUAACAUUGCACCGUGCCCUCCAUGGUGGGAAGUGGGGGAGUUUGAUGAGUGUAGUGUUACUUGCGGUGGAGGUCAGCGAGAAAGGUCCAUUCACUGUGUGAAGCAGGAGGCACCUGUGAGACAACGGACAUCUGAUGCUGAGUGUGCAGCUACUGCAAGACCCCAGCCAGUGGAAAUGUGUAAUAGCCAGCCCUGCCCUUUCAGGUGGACAUUUUCGAACUGGAGUAUCUGUUCCAUGUCCUGUGGAGUUGGAGUUGCUGAGAGGUCAGUUACCUGUGUCCAGUUUGUUAAUGGGACAAAUGUGGAAGUGAAUGUGACUCUGUGUCCAGCAGAAGCACAGCCCCCUGGGCGCACGCCUUGUAUUGUGAGCAUCUGUCCUUUUGAACUGGAGCAGACACCCUGGUCAGAGAUCUCCAAACAACUGCAGAGAGACACUGGAAACAUCACAAAUGCCACAGCCAUUCCAGACUCCCUAAGUGUGAGGCGCACGUACCUUUGGGUUCCGAUCCUGGGAUCUUGUUCAACGAGCUGUGGAGAAGGUGAUGGAGUGAUUGAUGUCAGGUAUGUGUGUGCUGACCCUGAGACGAGGGAGGAAGCACAGCAGGAGCUCUGCCACCAGACCUUCCAGCCUCACCCACGCUUCAUGCAGUGUAACCUUCAACCCUGUCCCCCCCGGUGGGAAGUCAAUGUGUUUGGUCCAUGCAAUGUGAGUUGUGAUGGUGGGAUUCAGGAGAGGGACGUGUACUGCAUAAAGGAAGAGAGGAGUGUGAGACAAAGGGUGCCUCCUUCAUCAUGUGAAAUCACACUCAGGCCGGCAUCCACACAGAUCUGUAACACAGAGCCCUGUCCUGUGCGAUGGCAGACCAAGUCUGAAACGUGCACGGUGUCAUGUGGAGGAGGUUUCAGGAGAAGGCUGCGGUACUGUAUAAAAACUCAGGGAGAACUGGAACAGCUCGUACCGCAAAAAGAAUGUUUACAUUUGCCUAAACCUGAAGACGGAGAACCCUGUAAUCUCCAUCCAUGCCCACCAAGGUGGCUGGUUUCCGUGCCGGGUCGAUGUUCUGUGGUUUGUGGGAACGGUCUGGCCAAGAGGAGGGUAACUUGCGUCCAGUUUCACAACGGGACCAAUGUGGAAGUGAAAAAGACUCUGUGUUCGGGUCUGGAGGAGCCACUGUCUCUUGUUCCUUGUGUGGUCAGCAAUUGUCCAUUUGGCUGGAAUGUCCAGAACUGGUCCAAGUGCUCAGUUUCCUGUGGCCAGGGAACCCGGAACCGACAACUGCUCUGCAGCAACAUGGAAACAACAGAGACUGUGUCAGAUGCUUUCUGCGACCAUCUGACAAAGCUCGCUACAGUGGAGCCCUGUGACUCAGGACCCUGCCCAACACACAGGCCAAACCUGACAACAACCAGGCCAGUCCCCAGAGGCACUGCCUCCAUGAGUCGCUCAGCUGUGAUGGAAUCUGGGAUGGUGACAAACAGAAUCAACCCUCCUAAAUCCAGAAAGGAUAAAGGAGGUCACUGUGGAAAGCUGUUUCUCAGUGAAUCAGGAACUCUGAACCUGACCAGUUUAUGGGGGAAGGAUUGCCUGGUGACCAUUGGACGACCACUCAAUGAAGUCAUCACUGUUCGCGUUCUGACCAGCUCCUUAAACUGCACAAAGAAGGACUCUUUGUCUUUUUGUGGGCGUCGAUUGUUUUGGAAGACUUGCUCGCCAUUGAGUGGGUUUAAGCUCUCGUCCAUCACUAACACACUCACAAUCAGGCAACGGACCAACACAGACAACAGUGGAACCAUCCUUCAGUACUUCAGUAGUGUCUCAUCUCGACAGUAUUACAGAGAAUGCGACAGGCAGCUGUACGGACCACAGGGCGUUAUAGUGAGUCCCAUGCAGCCCUACAGAGAGGGGCAAGUCUGUCGGACCAUUAUCAAUGUGGCUCCAACCAACCGGAUCGCAAUCAGAGUCCUUUACCUCAGAUUCAAUAUUCUAUUCAAUGUGACUGCAACUGACUACAUUCUUCUAAAAGAUGUCACCACACAGAGGUAUUCGGCAUACCGUGGUAACAGCCUGUUCCAGUGGCAAUCACAGGGAAACUCCGUUGAGAUUGAAUUUCAUGGUGAUUUCGGAUUCCGGGCUUUGUUCAGAGCUCUGCCCUCCCUGACCCUCGGUACUACCCGGAGGCUGAACUGUGGCUGA